GCCCCAAAGCAAGAGGAGACAUUUGUAUCUCAGAAACCUCAUCUUUCGAAGAAACCAAAAGCAAACCAGAUUCCCAGCGCCAUGGCUUGCUGUGUCCCCUGCUGCUGCAGCGUCCCCACCGGCCCCGCCACCACCAUCUGCUCCUCUGACAGAUGCUGCCGGUGCGGAGUCUGCCUGCCCAGCACCUGCCCACACACGACUUGGUUACUGGAGCCAACCUGCUGUGACAACUGCCCCCCACCCUGCCACAUUCCCCAGCCCUGUGUGCCCACCUGCUUCCUGCUCAACUCCUGCCAGCCCACGCCGUGCCUGGAGACCAUCAACCUCACAACCUAUACCCAGCCCAGCUGUGAGCCCUGCAUCUCAAGCUGCUGCUGAGCGAUGGCUGCUUUGCUCCGUGCCUGAUACUGGAAGAGUCAACCCAGAAGCU